GAAAUUUGUUCCAGCAGCCUUUUUGUUUGUUGCUGUUGCGAGGUCAAGGUAGUAUCUUGCUUUGUUUGAAGUCAUGCUUCGCUUGGUCAGCAUGACAAGUGUUCUUCUUGUCUUGCUGCUCGUCGGUGCAGUCAACGCGAUUUAUCCGGAUGAUCAUUGGAAAUACUCAACAGAAAUUAAGGAUUCUGAUACGUUCAAUGCGGUCGUUGAAGAGUCGAUCGCUGAAGACCAAACGCUUUUUGUUCGUUGGAUCGCUUCUCCAAAUUGAGGGUGAUGACAAAAGCAAAGCCCUUCGUGGAACCAAGUCACGAAGGCAUUUGCGGGGAACACGAAUGCGAGCCCUACAAUCCCGGUGCGGGUGGCUGGCCAACUAUUCGAUACUUUAAUGCCGAAACUGGUAAGAGCGGCAAGCCCUACACUCAGAAGACGAAAAAGGCGAUGUGCCAAGAACUGGGCGAGAUGGAUUACAUGAUUGCUUAUCCGAACCCCACCCUAGAUGAAGUUGGUUGCGAGCCGAGGCGGAAUUGCAGCCAGAACAGGGUCGAAUUGGAUCGGGAAAAUACCUUUGCAAAUAGAAGCCAAGUCAACCACGCUCCUUCGAAAGACAAGAUCAUAGACAUGCUUUUAUGGAUACCAAAGGCCCCAAAGAGCUGCGAUGACGAUGAAAAGGCGGCAAAGCUGCAGCGACAGGCGCGAGCUCGUGCGCAAAAAACCAUCAAUUUUCUCGGAUUAUUAUGCGUACUAUUUUUCCUUGCCAUAACUCAACUAGACGAUCGCGCUGCGCGGACACCAGACUCUGGUCUCCGAUCCCGAACAUCUGAUGCAGCGCGUAUUGAGCUUCUGGAGAAUGUGGAGCGGGACGAAUUCUUGGGGAAAAAAUCGCCAUCGCUUCCAGACGAUUCAAUAUACAAUCUCGAAUACCCGGAUUCUUUGGGUGAGACGAUAUCUUUGAAGCGGUUUGCUGGCCAAAUAACACUCGUUCUGGCGGUGCUUCACGAAGAUUUGCAGGCGAAGGGAUUUUCUGUACUGGCAUUUCCAUCGAACGAUUUUCACCAAGAGCUCGAAACGAACGAAGAGAUUCACAGGUUUUGGCAACAAGAAUUUCCGGAAGCGACCUUUCCUGUUUUCGCCGAAAGUUCACUGCGUGAUAACCCGAUUUAUCAGUGUCUUCGGAACCAGCUUCCAGGCAAAGAGGUGCGGCAAAAUUUUUUUAAGUACCUUGUUGGGCGAGAUGGAUUAGCUAUCGACCUCUUCACCAAAAUGCAAGAUCCAGAGACACUCCGGUCUUCAAUAGAAGAGCUUCUCGCGGCUUUGUAACAUCUUCCUUAAAGCGAAAUGAGAGGAAAGUCUACACAGAAUGAUGGCUUUGGCGCUGCCAAAACCCAGCCCAUAGCUUGAAAAUGUGUAAAGGACAAUCUUUACUGCUCCCGUACACAAUCGAAGUUCUAAG